UUUAGACUUAACUCUUCAGUCUUCAUGUACAAAAGGCCUUAUGUUUGCAGAUUGAGUAGAAGCCUCCAAGAUGCCAGAGUUAAUGGAGCAGAUGUACUGCUCGCAGCAGAUCGUCAUCCCGCCGAAGUAUCCAUAUGUGCUCAAGAGAUAUUGUAAAGCGGCCAUCAAGACCCAACCUUACGAUCUUCUCCGUUGGUCCUUCGAGUACUUCAAGGCAUUAGCUGAACAUCGGCCACCACCAGUCAAACUCAGACUGGAGUACCCCAUCUACAGCACCGAGGGAGGGCUCACCAGGGGCUGUCUGAAGGUCCUCGCUAAUCAGUUGUCUGGCAUGACGGAGAUCCCGGUGGUGGUGCUGAAGCAGUCCUGGCAGGGCUUCUGCCUGGACUCGGACGAGCUGAAGAGGAUCCUGUGCCUCUGCGAGGUGCACCUUCGCGAGGAGUCGGUGCCUUACCGGUACUUCAUGGCCGUCGCUGCAGGAUUGUUGACGAAGUGUUUGACCCACACAAUGAUCCUGAUUUGCGAGUCUUUAACCAAAGAACCAGAUGGUGUUUCUGCGGCGAUACCAGUCGGGGAGUUCAUCGCU